AGCAUGACCGAAAAUCCCCGAGCUGCCCGCUCAAAGGCAUUUGCCCACCUCGACGACGCCAAGCUGGGAUGGUUCCACUUGCGCGCCGUCCUGGUGUCCGGUGUCGGCUUCUACACCGACUCGUAUGACAACUUUGUCAUCAACCUGGCCCUGCCCAUGCUCUAUCACGUCAACUAUCCAAAGACGCCGAGCAUGCAAGCCCCUUCGGACUUUGCCAAGAACAACCCCAACUACGAUGCCUGGAUGAAAGCCAGCACGUCCUACGGAAACCUCAUUGGUCAGGUUGGCUUCGGCUACCUCGGCGACAAGCUCGGCCGCAAGAACAUGUACGGUGUCGAGCUCAUGAUCAUGAUCAUCUGCACCAUCGGCUCGGCCUUCUCGGCCAGCGCUAUCCGCGGUGCCAACAUCCUCCAAGUUCUUGCUAUAUGGCGCUUCUUCCUCGGCAUCGGUAUUGGCGGUGACUAUCCUCUCUCGGCCAUCAUCACCUCCGAGUUUGCCAACACCAAGUGGCGCGGUACUAUGAUCGCCGCCGUCUUUGCCAUGCAGGGCAUCGGAAUCCUCACCGGCGGCCUCGUCACCCUCGCCACCCUCGCCGCCCUCCAGAGCAACAUCCAAAGUGAUCCAAGCUACCUUGAUCUCGUCUGGCGCAUCAUCCUGGCCUUUGGUGUGAUCCCUGCUAUGGCUGCCGUGUACUUCCGUCUGACCAUCCCCGAGACCCCUCGCUACACCGUCGAUGUCAUGGGCGAGGUCGAGCAAGCCGAGGCCGACAUCAACAAGGUGCUUGCCAUGAACGAGACUCGCGAUGUGUCGUCCAACUGGAAGAGCGAGGAAGUCAAAUCCUCGCAUCGUGCCAACGUCAAGAAGGGCGGAUUCUUGGCGCACUUUGGCCAGUGGAAGAACGGCAAGGUCUUGUUUGGCUGUGCCUUCACCUGGUUUGCGCUCGAUGUCGCCUGGUAUGGUCUCUCGCUCAACGCCAGCACGAUCCUGACGCUGAUCAACUGGAACGGCUCCAACUCGCUCCCUCCGUACGACAACUACUGGCAAAAGACCGUCGGCCAGGUCAUCAUUGCGUGCAUGGGCACUGUUCCUGGAUACUGGGUCUGUGUCGCCCUGAUCGACCGCAUUGGCCGCAAGCCCAUCCAGUACCUCGGCUUCGCUAUCAUCACCAUUUGCCUGCUCAUCCUCGCCAUUGCUUGGGACACCAUCAAGAACAACACUGUCGCCUUCUGCGUUGUCUUCACGAUCGCCCAGUUCUUCUUCCAGUUCGGCCCCAACACCACCACCUUUGUUGUUCCUGGUGAGGUCUUCCCGACCCGCUUCCGCUCCACCGCCCACGGUAUCUCUGCCGGCUUUGGCAAGCUCGGUGCCAUCAUCGGUGUCGAGGCUGUCGGUCCUUUCUUCAACAAUGCCCCCGUCCCUGUGCUGUAUACCUUUGCUGUCAUCAUGGCCCUCGGUGGCAUUGCCACCUACUUCAUCCCCGAGACCAAGGGAAAGACCCUCGAGGAGCUCUCUGGCGAGGACGAAGCCUUCGAGUAG